AUGUUUUCUCAAAAGAAACCAUACUCGGCGGUCACCGUGACCAUCGAGCGUCUCACAAGCGAGACCUACGAGGAGGAUGAUCUCAGCGGCAUCCCCGACCUGGUCGAGGUCAUCAAGCUGCAGGCGUCCGGCCCCGCCGAGGCCGCGCGCGCCAUCCGCAAGAAGCUCAAGUACGGCAGCGUGCACCGCCAGCUGCGCGCACUCACCCUCCUCGACGGCCUGAUCCAGAACGCGGGGCCGCGCUUCCAGCGCGCCUUCGCCGACGAGCCGCUGCUGGAGCGCCUCCGCGUGUGCGGCACCUCGGACCUGUCCGACCCGGACGUCAAGAAGAAGUGCUCCGAGCUGUUCCGCGGCUGGGCCGCCGAGUACAAGAAUACGCCCGGCCUCGAGCGCAUCGCCAAGCUGUACAAGGAGCUGCCGCGCCGCAAGCAGGUCGUCACUCAGGACCGGUCCCGCGUCCUGCGCGAGACGGAGAACCCGUUCCACGAUGAGGAUGAGGACGAGCCCAAGUCGCCGCCCGCGCAGAGCGCCUCGCCCGCGGGACAGUCGUCUCGGCUGUCGAAUCCUGCGAGCUCGGCGUUUGGUAGUCAAGUUACGGGCCAGAUCAGCUCAUUCAGCCACGUCCAGUCGUCCAAAGACAAGAAGAAGAAGGACAAAGACAAGGACAAGAAGAACAAAAAGGGGCGGGCUUUCAACCUCGAGGCCGAGAAGGACCAAAUGAAGGUCACCAUCGCCGAGUCAUCCAUUGCGGCGACAGAUUUGCUGAACGCGCUGCAAACUAUCAACCGUGAGCAGGAGCGGAUAUCUAAUAACGCCACAGCAGUGGAGCGGUUCGAGGCUUGCAAACAAUUAAGGAGGAAGGUCUUGCGCUAUAUCCAUCACGUGGAAUCAGAGCAGUGGCUUGGCGGUCUUCUGCACGCAAACGAUGAGCUCGUCACGGCGUUGAUGACAUUCGAGCAGCUGGACCGCUCUAUUGACGCGGACAGCGACUCCGAUGACGAGCUCGCGGAGCAGGCUCAUUUGUACCGAUUGAUUGCCGAGAAGGGCAAGGCACCAGGAUCGCCUACGGAGCCAGCCGCGGAGAUGGCCGGCCUGAGCAUCAGCCCGCCACCUCAGCCUCCUCGCCCGGCGGCUCCUCCCCGGCCGUCAGCGAGGUCGAAGCCAUCAUCGGCGUCUCCGCCGCCCAGAGCGCUGCCCCAGCGCGAUGUCUCGGAUGACGAAGACGACAUCGAGGACGAGGAUGAGGACGACCCCUUUGCGGACCGGAAUGCCGUCGUGACCCCUAAGGUGGAGCGCGGCGAGCCAAGAUGGUGA